ACAUGCCAUAUGCCAGAUGCCAGAUACCUGCUACCAUGGAGACGGAGUGAAGAUUGCUAUUUAAAACAAACUCUCUGCCGCCACUUAGCAGUCUCUUCCCAACAACAUCUUCGCGCACUGCACUGCACUCACAGCACUGCCACGCUUUUAGGCGGACGAUAGCUACGAGCUAGAGAAAAGAUGUUCACUCUACAAAGGCCAUACUAAACAACAAGAUCGAGGAACAUAGGGUGGUAUGAUAGGGGUCAGAUAUUGCAUUCAAUUCUCCAUAUACUACUGCAUAGCUAUAUAUAAUCGCAACUGCCGAACCAAUCUCUAUCCUCCAUCCACCUAUAACUUUACACUCGCCCGUUUCAGAUCCAUGCCAAAGGAGAGCUUACGCGUGUGAAAAAAUUGGGAACAUUCAAAUCCAAGCCGCGCUAAACAGGGGAUGCGGCUAUUGAUAGUUCACAAUCAUCUCAAUCAAAUCAAUUGCGCAUUACUUGGAAUGAGUAAAAUAUUCCAAGAUUUUGAUCAUUCCAUUCUCCAUCAUGUCGACGGCUGCGGAAAAGGCAAACCUUGCGCGCAUACGAGAUAAUCAAAGACGAUCCCGCGCUCGAAGAAAAGAGUACCUUCAAGAGCUCGAGGCACGAUUGCGCCAAUGUGAGCUCCAAGGUAUUGAAGCAUCUUCGGAAAUUCAGCUGGCAGCAAGGAGAGUAGCAGAUGAGAAUAAGAAAUUACGAAGUCUGCUGGCACAACAUGGGGUAGGAAAUGAAAUGGUGGAAACGUAUUUACAAAUGAGUUCUGAAGAUGUAAUGAUACCGGCGCAAUAUGGGAGUGAAAGCCCUUCGGUACAACAGUUAGAACAAUUACUUCAGGCGAGGAAACUAUGUUGUGCGGAUGGAAGUAUAGGCCUAACGAGUACCACAACGAUGGGGCAGGCGAUUCAAAGUCGAGAGAGUUCUUAUAGUGGGAAUACUGUCCAUUCGAUAUGGGAUCCAGUGCAGCCCUCACGGAGUAUGAGCGUGGGACAGACACCAACAUCGAGCGGCAAAGGAUUUUCACAGGCGCAACAAUUUAUGAGUCCAAGAAGAAGUAGCGCGGCAAGUCGGCAUAGCAGUAUCAGCCAAAAUCCUAGCACGGCUGGAACUGUCCACACACGACAGCAACAGCAACAAAGAUACAAUAUGACACCAAUAACAUUGCCAAACUCACAACAACAGAAUACACUAUCGAGUCUCUCCAUCCAAUCUCCCCAAAUCUACGAAUUCGAACCGCAAUAUAUAUCAAAUCAAUCCUACAAUACACUUUCCCCACAGACCCCUCAAAUGCAUUCCCACUUACAAUCCCACACGAAUUCGAAUCCCAAUUCUCGUUCAUCAGUCUCAUCUCAUCAAAUGUCACCUCCAAUAUCAUCAACAUACAAUACGAAUAUACCUUCCGAGAAUAACGGAACUAACCUGAAUAGUUGCGUAUUUGCAACCGAUAUGAUAACGACCAUGGCCGGCGGCGACCCCGCCGUAGUUCGCGCAGAAUUGGGCUGCGGGCCCGGUAUGGAUUGUAAUGUGGACAACCAGUUGGUCUUCCAUGUAAUGGACCGAUAUACAGAAAAUGGUCAAUCAUCAUGGCCUCCACCCAACCCCUCUCGCGCACUCCCCACUCCUCCACCCUCCGAGCCCGCGUCCGACCCAAACGCUGUCAUCGACCCACGCAACAAACCCAUCCUCACCGUCGCCCAAAACAAAUACACAACCUAUGAUUUCACUCCCUUUCUCUCCUCCCCUGCCGUCCUGCACCGCAUGCGCGAAAACCGUCACCAAAUCCCCCUCAUCUCUCCCAUCCCCACAGCACGUAUUCCAUCCCCCCUAGCCGAAAAUCUUCACCCCUCUGUCAUAAAAGACGUCCGGGAUUUUCUUCUCGGAUCGGGAAAAUACAAAUCGCCAUAUACGCUUGAUUAUUCCGGGGACAGACACGAGGUGUGGAAAUCCUGGAAACGGGCGUGGGAUAUUUGGAAUAAUCACUACAUGGAAGGACGGGUGAAUGAAGUGUGGGUUGCGCGCGCCUAUGCAGAAUGGGAAGCGUAUAUCAAGCAGCAGAAAAAUAAGGGGAAGCUUCCGUUUGAGGGGCCAGCAGGGAGGAGACAGCAUUCAAGAAAAAAGACGAGUAUCUCUGAGAUCGCGCAGGGGAGGAGAGAAUGGAAAGAACGUGCCAUUGAGAAUCUCAAGGCGUUAUUUAGGCAGAAUCGGAAUUUGGGAGAUGGGUACAUAGAGUUUUCUGAAGCGAUGGCCGAAUGGCAGCAACGCAAUUGGGAGAUGCCUAAAUGGGAAGAUUUCAAGGAUUACAAACAAUGGGCGCCGGAGUAUCUUCCUCUGACCAUGGAAUACGUUCGCAAUGAACUACCAUUGAGUUUGCAGGAACGGGUCGAGGAACUCCUCGGCUCGGAGUUUUGGAAGCAAGAUCCGAAACCUGAAGCUCAACCGGGUUCUAUCGAGUACGCUGUUGCUCUCGCCAAGUGGGAAGAAUUACCCGAAGUACGUCGGUGUAAAUUAACUCAACGGCCCAAUUGGAGUGAAACGUAUCGACCAGCUGAAAGUCUCGAGGAAAAAUAUAUCGAAUUUGCAACCAAAAGGACGAGUCCAGCUGUCGUUGAUGAAUUCAAGAAUCGCAUGGAGGCAAAUAAGAAACUGGGCGUGGGAUAUAUUGAGCUCUCCUGGCAGGAAGCCCAUUACAAUGUCACUAUGCAAGCGUACGGAGGCGAAUUGGAUCCGACGAUUAUGGAAAGGCCUGAUCCGAAUGAUUAUAUUGAUAAAGCACGUCCGGGAAAACCUGAGAGCAAUACACCCGCGACGGCGAUUGAUCGUGAGCCUGACGAUGGUGAUGAGGAGGAUGACGAAAACUUUAACCCUAAUGACCUUACAAGGCCAUUUCCAAUCGAAGAUGAUGGUUCUAGCGGAGGGUUUUUUGCUAUGAAGGAUUUCAUCGAAACAGUGUUUGGCGACCAAGGCAAGUCGGGCGAACAACAUGUUAAAAUUGAUAUGGAUGAGGAACCGGAUGCUUUCUUGAGAAAUUCUCAGUUUGAGAUUGAUGGUGGUGUGGAUUGCGGAAGAAGUCCUUAUCCUCUUCUCCGCCCUCUCUGUAGAUACGCACAGAGCAGAGUCAAAGUGCCCGAUGAUGACCACCCUAAUGUACCCUAUAUGCCCAAAACCAAAGAUCACGGAUCACUUUUGAAGAUGAAAAAGUUUUGGGAUAAAGUAACUGGCACCAUCUUCAACAUCCCAACCAAAAACAUAUAUCAACAAACUCUAGACAAAAUUGAGGAUCGCCAUCACAGAGAAUCCUUUGAGAAUAACAACAGCUACCAAAAUCCAGACGUAUUUCCCUUGGAUAUUCGGCGAUGCGAGGCAAUUUCAUCUCCGGUCAAUCCCGGCGAAGAGCGUCCAAAGACACCUGACCCUCGAGACCAGGACAACAUUAUCGAGCCAUCCUUCAAAAUGAAAGAGAAGGAAUACAGACCCAUGAGAUUUGAUGAUCCUUGGUGGGUUUGCACCCGAGCAAAACACAGAUACUUUGUGGCCAAUCUGGACGGGAGACUUCUAACAAUCAAUGGAAUCGCGGUUUGCAAAGGCGAAAUUGCAGGCCCAUUGCCAGAAUUUGCUAUCAUACAGAGUGAGGGUGGCGGAGUAUCUUUUUGGCAUGGUGUUGGCGGUCGGUUCUACUUACAGCCGGCUGAUGCUAGCACAAAAGAUUGGUCUCGACAAUGGAGCUCAUUGAGAAAAACAUUAAGAGACGAAUACUUUGGCGUUGCCGCCGGAUACUACUGGCAGAAUGCAAUUGUGGGCAAAAUCAUGGAAGACGAUGAAGGCGAAGGAGAGCAAGAUCCCAAGUGGAUAAGAUGGAAAAACGCAAAACCAGCAAGAAACACAACUAUACCGGAUCCCCGCGCUGUCAAACUCUUGUCGCACCGCGGUAUUCUGGAUCACUAUGCUCAAUCUGAAGAGAAUGAGGAUUGGGGAGCGCCUGGACCUUUGCCAUUCGAGAGCCCAGAAGCUGAGCUUAAAUGGGUACAAUCGCAAUCUUCUGAAAUAUUCCAUGAACGAUUCCUUGAUGAAAUUGAAGAGGAGCAAACUGCGUAUCAAGCCAAGAGUUUGAAACGACAGGCUGACAAUGAUGGUUAUUUCCCACCCGAUGCCAAACGAUUCCGACAAAACAUAGAAGAAAGAGAAAAAGAGAAGAUAGGGGAAAUUGAAAAGCGAGAAGGGGAGAAGCUUGAGAUGGGUGUACAGGAAUUGGUUGAUGAAAUAAACAAGGGAGUCAGAGAAAUUCAAGAGCCCACACCUGGUUCAAAACCAACGAAAUUUGAUUUGUGGAAGCCAGCAUCUAACGCCGAAGCUGAGGCACAAGCAAGAGAAGCCCUACAAAGAGUUCGGGAAUUGGAGCGUCUGAGAGUGUUCUUCAAUGAACAGAGGAAGGACGCGCACGAAAUCCCAAUUCCGCCCAUCAAAGACCCCAUUGCGGGUCUCGCUCCUUCAAAAAUCUUGACAUUACCUGCAAACAGGUGGGCACUAGAAGCAAUAGUGAGACACAGGGAGGAACAUCGUUUGGAUGAAGAAGUUCAGGAAUCAUCAGCCUUGAAUAACCAAAAUGCAUCUGAAAGAUUGAAACGAAAACGUAUCGCGGAAAAACGGAAACGAGGAAGAGAAAGAUGCAAGGGAUUUGAAAAUCUAUUUGAAAUUGGCCGAGAAGUACAAGUCAAAAGAGAGAAACAAGUGAAAAAGGACAAACAACACGCUGUAGCUGUCAAAGACGGGAUUCAACCUGGUGAUGUUGUGAAGGCCGAAGCAGCGUCGGCAAAAGGAGAAAAGGAGCUGGAAGAACAGCAACUUGAAAUGGCAAAGCAGCUGUCUAUGUUGAGCUGGGCUCAAUCCAACGGUCUCAGCUUAGAUGACCUUAUCCAAAAAACCGCGACCCCUGGAUUUGAUCCCACGGACUAUAACACUUGGGUUCACAAGGCAUCCGACAGCAAGAGAGACAAGGAAACUCUCGAGUCAGCCAGUACAGCAGCUAAAGUAAUGGGAAUCACCAUUGACGAGUGGUUCAAGAACAUACACGGAGUCGCUGAUGCGGAUGCUUACCUCGCGAAGCUGAACAAGCACAAGGGGCCGUAUUAUGUCAUGUCUGUAGAUGCCCAGAAAGCCAAAGAUGACUACCGGAGAGCUUUACUUGCUAACGUUUCUGGGUUUGAUGGAACCAAAGAAGGCGAGUUUGCCAGUUGGAAUGAAGUUGUUUCAUACAUGCCAGUUGCUCCCAAUUGGGACGAAAUCCUGAAUUCUGAUCACCUCAAGGAUCCGGAUGACUUUGGCAUGGUACCAAGAAAGCAGGAGGUAAAUCCGUAUGAUGGGGUAACGAAAUGGGUGAGUGAGUUGUGA